CGGGUCUGAGUCGAGUCCGGUCUUGCAAUUCGACUUAGAAGACAAACAGCUUUCCGCCACGUCGCCUUAGCUUUUCAUGAAUUAAUUGUAAAAUUUCUGAGAAAGAUGGUUUCUGUAAUCAGUACUGUGGAUACAGCUCAUGAAGAUAUGAUUCAUGAUGCUCAGAUGGACUACUACGGCAUUAGACUUGCAACAUGUUCUUCAGACAGAUCUGUUAAGAUCUUUGAUGUAAAGGGUGGACAACAGACACUGGUUGCUAAUUUGAGAGGCCAUGAAGGUCCCGUUUGGCAGGUGGCUUGGGCCCAUCCAAUGUAUGGAAAUAUCCUUGCUUCCUGCUCCUAUGAUAGGAAAGUGAUUAUCUGGAAGGAGACUAAUGGUGCUUGGGAUAAACUCUUUGAAUACAGCAACCAUGAAUCAUCAGUUAAUUCUGUCCAAUGGGCACCAAGUGAGUUUGGUCUAGUCUUAGCUGCAGCUUCAUCUGAUGGAUCUGUUUCAGUCCUUACACAUAAUGAUGGUAAAUGGGAUUCACAGAAGAUCAAGGAUGCUCAUGCUAUUGGUUGUAAUUCAGUGAGUUGGGCUCCAGCUGUAGAACCAGGCUCUCUGAUUGAACCUCCAUCUGGUCAGAAACCAAACCUAGUCAGGCGAUUUGUCACAGGAGGAUGUGAUAAUCUUGUCAAAGUCUGGAAGGAGGAGAACGGAGAAUGGAAGGAUGAGCAUGUACUUGAAGCACAUAGUGACUGGGUAAGAGACGUUGCAUGGGCGCCCUCUAUAGGUCUUCCUCACAGUGUCAUAGCAAGCUGCUCACAGGAUUGUAGGGUUAUUAUCUGGACCAAUGAUGAAGGUACCGGUAGUACAUGGACUCCUAAGAUUCUGAAUAAAUUCAGCGAUGUUGUUUGGCAUGUAAGCUGGUCAGUGACUGGUAAUAUCUUGGCUGUAUCAGGAGGAGAUAAUAAGGUGAGCUUAUGGAAGGAAUCAUUAGAAGGUCAAUGGGUGUGUGUUAGUGAUGUCAAUAAAGGAGAAGGUCAAACAACACAACCAGUCACAGCUACAGAACCACAACCUGAACAAUGAUAAUAUUAAGCAGAUAAGAGUUUGUAUUAGCCACUAUGUUCCUAUCAAUUCUAAUUUCAUGAAGAGUGCAUCUGUAGUUUAAGACAAAUCAAAUCAGAAAUGAUACAACAUCGUUAAUGAGAACAUUAAAUACAUGUGUUGAUUGCCAUAGAAAAUGCUGUAUUACGUCUAAAUUUAUGUAUCUCUGUCAGCUGCAGUUGGGUGUAGUCCUGAAAAUAGUGGCUUAUACUGUAGUUCUUGAAAAUUAAAAGAUGCUCUGUAAGUUUAAAAUACUAUAUAUUGAACAUUACAUUUGGUUUGAUGUUCAAUGGUGCCAUCAUGAAAUUAGUGGGACUUUAAUCGUUCAGCUCAUUUUAUUGUUGACCCUCAAUUUCAUACAGAUUGUGUACUUUAUGCCCAGUUAGAAAAAAAUAGGAAAAAAUGGUUCUUAUAUAGAAUAACAAAUUGGUGUGUAAGUAUCAUAUGUAAUACACAUUACUAAUGUGAUGGACUGUAUUUGUCAAAACCUCCGCAACUUUGAACCCAAGUGGCUGGAUUUCGAGAUAUCAGAAGGUAAUUUACAUAGGCCUUGAUCAGAAGCAAAUUGUUCCGUGGCUCAAUAUAAUUCUUAAGAGCAACAUUGGUUUUAUCAACUGAUUUACUUAGGCACUUGAGACCAUUACAAGCAUUAGAUUAGCUAUUAAAGCUGAAUGGGACAUGAAUUACUUCCAUUGAGUUACAAACAGCCAUUACAUCUUAAGACUAGGUAAAUGCCUAUUCCAGUUGGCU